AGAGUGUGUAUGAUGCGUGGAUGGCUCUUAUAGUUUUAUAACCUGCGCGGAAGAGAGCACUGCAGUCUAGGCUGCGCGCGAGGCACACAUUUAUAUAUUAGUAAUUUUAUUUGAUUCUGCGGGAUUGACUGCCUGGUGGAUUUAGUUGGUAUCUAGGCUACUCGACAAUAACCCAAAAUAGGGAUACACUACUGUUUUAAGAGUAUUCUUGUUUCAACAGUCACUGCAGUGUUGAGCUGUAACAGGAGAACUACCCAAGUGGAGACUUUUCUGAUGCAUCUUUGCGCGAGCAACCAUCUGGCGAUUACAAAUAACAUACACAGAGCUGUGGAUACGGUGUACAUCAGCAUUCCGAAAACACACAACGCUUGUCUCUCCGAAGCCUCUUGUAGAUGCUGGAAAUUUGUUUGAGAUAUCCAAGAACAGAUUACCGAAAGCGCAGAUACAGCCUACUUUUUUGAUAUUCGAACGAAAACACGCAGCAUUUUCACCUUCCAUUUGAGACAAAUAGAGGUCGACCAUCACAACAGCGUCUUGGCUGGAGUCGAUUUUCUGUUGCUUCACCAUUUUGCAAGAAGGAAGGAAUAUUUGACAUUCAAGUUUUUGUGGAAGUUGCGCACUUACGGAAAAUGGGCAUUAGUGGUUGUUUUAUCGCGCCUUGGAAAUGCCUUGUUUUCGUCGGUCUAAGACUGUUAUUCCUUGUACCUGCAGGAGUGCCAGCGAGGAGCGGUGAUUCUUUUUCAAAGGACAACAUCACUGUUAGACAAGGGGACAGUGCCGUCUUAAAAUGUAUUGUGGACAGCAAGGUAUCACGGGUGGCUUGGCUCAACCGGACCACGAUUCUUUAUGCAGGCGCUGAAAAGUGGUCUCUGGACCCUCGCGUGGUCCGACUGGAAAACACACCCAUGACAGAGUACAGCAUAAAGAUCCAUAAUGUGAAUGUUCACGAUGAGGGACCCUACGUGUGCUCCAUCCUCACUAGCAACAAACCCAAAUCAUCCAAAGUGCAUCUCAUUGUUCAAGUACCUGCAAAGAUCACAAACAUAUCGACGGACAUCACAGUGAACGAGGGCAGCAAUGUUACUCUCAUGUGUUUGGCCAUUGGACGACCAGAGCCCAGCAUCAUAUGGAAACAUCGCUCAGAAAAAGGCCACACAUUCAUCACUGAGGGGGAAUAUGUUGAUAUGACAGCGGUCACUAAAGAACAGUCGGGAAUAUAUGAAUGCAUCUCCUCCAAUGACAUCUCCGAACCAGAUGUGAGGACCGUAAAAGUCACAGUCAAUUACGCUCCCUUCAUUUCGAAGGCUCGAAGUACAGGUACCCCAGUGGGCCAAAAAGGGGUGCUCCAAUGUGAGGCAUCUGCUGUGCCUGUUGCAGAUUUUGAGUGGUACAAAGAGGAUCGCAGACUCUUCAAUGGACUAAAUGGCGUUAAGAUAGAGAACCAAGGGAAACAAUCCAUGCUUAUGUUUUUGAAUGUGUCUGAGGAGGACUAUGGAAACUAUACUUGCGUGGCCAUGAAUACCAUGGGGAUAACAACUGCAAGUAUACUCCUCUAUGGCCCCGGGACUAUGAUGCAUGAUGUGAACAGGGCAGCCCUUUUGCCCCAUUGCUCAUACUGCCUUCUGCUGACUGUUAUCUUGUUGUUCUUGCUCAAGUUUUGAUGUAACAUGGGCCAUCCUCAGCUUCUCUCAGUACUGAACAACAACAACAAGACUCUUGGUCCCAGAAGAACAAAAGGAACAAAGAAAACCACCAAUAACAUCAUUGGUUCACUCUUCUUUUUUGGGGGGCUUUGCGUUGGUGGUAUGUCUUCUCUUGGACAAAAUCCAGAAGGCGGGACAUGUCUAGGGGGGUGUGGAGGUAGGGGGUUGACCUGGAGGCUGAUUUGAGGUGAUGGUAAUACUACCAAGUUUGUGUCUCUCCAACCUUUUGUAUGUAAAAAAAGGGAAACAAAACAUUCAUGUAAGUGUUGAUAGUUGAAGGGUUUUGCCCCAAUAUUGAGGUGUACAUUCAGAUUACUGGUGUGUAAUGUCCUGUUUGAUCUCUGUAUAAUAACAUAAGCUUUUUUAAGUAAACUACAAAAAAGGAAAACAUGCAAUGUGAUUAUUUAAUUUACUGUAUUUUUACAGUUGUAUGCAACAGAAUAAUAACAACAACAAUAGACCAUUCAAUAUAUAAACUUCAGCAUAACACAGUGUCCUAUCAUUUCUAAGGCAGAACAAUACUAUAUGAAAUAUUUAAGGAGUUUGUGUUAUGAAUGAAGUUAAUAACAUGGUGCGAAUUAUAGGCCUGAAUGAGACAGGCCCCCAUAAUGCAACAAAAGUCAAACAUUGGAGGAUCUCUAAAUAAUGGUAAUUUAUUGACUUCUGUUUGUUUAAAAUGCAGUGGUAAAAAUGUUUUACAAUGGUAAAUAUGAAAAUAAAAUCUUCCAAAUUUAAUGAACAAACCUACUUUCUG